AAGAAGAGCAAGUGCGGGAUAACUGGCCCAUAGUCAUCCCACGACAAUGGUGAUACUUUACAACUGCUCUCUAUGAUCAUGUUCCCCCCUUUCGCCGUCCCACUGCUACAAUUUUAGUCCAACCUAUUGUUGAAGUCCUCUGCUAUAUCUUCGCCCCUAUAGCUCUCGCUCCCUUUGCCUUCCGUCUAUCUGCGCGUUGUCAUCCGCGCUCAUCAUGUCGAACCUACCUUCCCACGCCUCCCCAACCUUCACGGCGCAAGAUGCGCCCUCCCGCCCCGUGGAAGAACUUUCCAUUGGUACAGAUCAAACAGCAAGUCUGCCCUCAGGUAGUAGAGUAGACGAGCUUCGUGACAAUGCUAUCGCCCAGUCCGACAGCGCAGAUAGCGAUCGGGGUGAUGUAACCCCCGCCGUGCCUGCCUCUCUUCUCUCCCCUUCCUUUACCCCUCCAGCUACCCCGGGUGGCACAUUCAAUCCAGCCAAAUUGCUUCAACAGACUCAACAGCUACCACACACGAAAGCUCCGAAACUCCUUCCUUGCCUUCCCGAAGUCGAAUGCAUCGUUCGCGCACGGAUUCCGACCACCACCGGCGCGGAGAUGUUUCUCCACCUCUAUCACAACAACCUGGACAACAAAGAACAUUUGGCAAUUGUCUUUGGAAACACCAUUCGAAGUCGGAGUCUGGACAAGGUUCGGCCAGGGGAAACGGAAAUGGAUCGUAUGAUACGUGGAGCUUAUGUGGGCAAAUUGCAUCCCGGUCGUGUGAGCAGUUGGUAUGACGAUGGGAACGCUGAGAGUGCAGCUGGUGGGCAAGGUAGCAGUGCAGCUGCCGACGGUGGACCUGUAUCAACAGAAAUCGCAACUUCGACGGAGAGUUCGCCUAGCCAAGCGCCACUGGUGAGGAUACACUCUGAAUGCUAUACCGGAGAGACCGCCUGGUCUGCGCGCUGCGAUUGUGGUGAACAGCUGGACGAAGCAGCCAGGCUGAUGUCCUUCCCCAUGGAGACUCUGAGUGAAAUGGCUUCCCAACAGGCUGUGCCGGUGCCUUCCAAUGCCUCUGGCGGGGUGAUUGUCUACCUGCGGCAAGAGGGUCGCGGAAUAGGAUUGGGCGAGAAGCUCAAAGCCUAUAAUUUGCAGGAUCUUGGCUCCGACACUGUAGAAGCUAACCUUCUCCUGCGACACCCUGCUGAUGCGAGAAGCUACGGUCUGGCUACCGCGAUCCUGGUCGAUCUUGGGUUGGGUGUGGAUGCCAAUCCUCACGGCAUCCGACUCCUUACGAAUAAUCCGGACAAAGUUCGAGCCAUUGAGGGUGCUAAUCGGGAGGUGGCGGUUAAGGAGCGUGUGCCAAUGAUACCUUUGGCAUGGAGGUCGGGGGGAAAGCAGGGCAUCAAAAGUCUAGAAGUAGAGGGCUAUCUCAGGACCAAGAUCGCGAAAAUGGGACACAUGAUUGAAUAAAGUCGCUAGAUUCAAUACAUGUCUUUUCUUUUCUUUUCUUUUUCAUUAUGGUUGCAUCUGCUCACUUAUCUGCUUCACCCACUAAAUAGCCGUUUGUCGAUCGGGUGUACUAUAUGAGGCCUCGGGUUGGGUCUCGGUAAUGCUGUACAGUUAUGAACUGAUUUUAUGAGCUAAGAGGAUAUCGUUAUCCCUCAGGACUCCUGUACCUAUGUUCCUUUUGAUUCCGAACAUUUACGAAGGACGGAGUGGUCUAUGUCUGCGUGCUUUCUCACUAAUCUGGUGCACUGGUUUGGUUAGGCAUCACCAGGGUUGUGGAUACCGAAAGAGGCUUUUAACUUUGAUACCAUCUGAUUGACACCAAAGGUGAAAGGAUAAGCCAAUUGAGGAGAAUGAUCUGUCAUUGUAUCAUGUGCCGACAACCCGAGACAAGCACAUCGUAGCUUUUGGAUUCACCGAUUCAUGAAGGGAUU